AGGAGGAGAUUGCAGAGGCUCAGCAGGAGAGGAAUGGGAUCAGCAUCGUCCACGCACCGCUCCAAGGCAAUUUUCCUGGACAUUGGAGAGAGCCGCACCCAGAAGGUCAUUUUCAGCAAAUACUGCAGCCCCAGUGACGUCCGAGAGUUACUGUGCAGCACCUCUGGACUGGCUCGGAGCUGUGCGAUUUCUCUGCUGGAUUCCGACAAUGCGAUCAUCUCUAUUGAUCCAACAAUGCCAACAAAUACAGCCAGCUCUCCGUACAGAGUUGUCGCUCUGACUGGUGUUCAGUUAUCUGAGAAAGAUGAAGUUUUCCAGAACGUUCUAGCUCAAGUUGCAGAGCAAUUUUCCAGGGCCUUCAAAAUCAACGAACUCAAAUCUGAAGUUACAAACCGUCUCAGCAUUUUGGAAAAACGUGUGGAAUUGGAGGGGCUGAAGGUGGUUGAAAUCGAGAAAUGUCGGAAUGAUAUCCGAAAGCUGCGUGAUGUAAUCGAGGAACGGAGCAACAGUUUCCUCAAUGAGAAGAAGUUGAUUCCUCGCCGGGAUGUCCCAUCAUACCCCAAGUAUGUGCUCUCCGAGGAGACCAUCGAAGCUCUCAAACAACCAACUUUCGACGUCUGGCAAUGGGAGGCCAAUGAGAUGCUCAGCUGUUUGGAACACAUGUACCACAGCCUGGGGCUGGUCAAAGAUUUCAACAUCAACCCCAUCGUUCUGAUGAGGUGGCUGCUCUGUGUUCAGGAGAAUUACCGGAACAAUCCAUUCCAUAACUUCCGUCACUGUUUCUGUGUCACUCAGAUGAUGUACAGUGUCAUCUCCAUCUGCAACCUGCAGGAGAAAUUCUCACAGCUUGACCUCCUGACCUUGAUCAGUGCCGCUGUCUGUCAUGACCUGGACCAUCCAGGCUACAACAACAGUUACCAAAUCAAUGCUCGCACAGAACUGGCAGUCCGUUACAAUGACAUCUCACCCCUUGAGAAUCAUCACUGUGCCAUCGCAUUCCAAAUCUCCUCUCAGCCUGAGAGUAACAUAUUCAACAACAUGGACCCUGAAGUCUUCAAGCAGGCCCGUCAGGGGAUCAUCAAUCUGAUUCUGGCAACUGACAUGGCUCGGCACGGUGAGAUCCUUGACAGUUUCAAACAGAAAAUUGACAACUUUGACUUCUCGAAUGAGGAAGAUGUGACCUGUCUGAAGAUGGUUCUGAUUAAAUGCUGCGACAUCUCAAACGAAGUGAGGCCAAUGGAGGUGGCAGAGCCUUGGGUGGACUGUUUGCUGCAGGAAUAUUUCAUGCAGAGUGACCGGGAGAAAGCCGAGGGGUUGCCCACUGCCCCCUUCAUGGACCGGGACAAAGUGACGAAGGUCACCGCCCAGAUUGGCUUCAUCAAGUUUGUUCUCAUCCCCAUGUUCGAGCUGGUGGCCAAGCUGUUCCCUCAGAUUGAGGAACCAUUGGUUCAGCCACUGAGAGAAUCACGGGACCGUUACGAGGAGCUAAAGCAAAUUGAUGAUGCUACAAAUGAGAUUCACAAAAACAAAAAUGAAUCUUUAUCCAUCGGUGGCAAAAAGAAGUGAAACUGUCCUGGUGCGUGCUUGAGAAUAUAAUCCUCCUAAAGGAUUCUAUGGAGAUAUGGUUUCUGUCUCAACCUGGGACAUUGGCAGUAAUCACCUCGUCCACACCAGGGAAUUGGGAACUCCCAGCAGUGAGAGCUGUAGCUCUGAACAAGAGCAAUCUCCUGCGACCCACUGACAGUGACAGUCCCACAGCCACAGCUUUCGGAAAUCAUGUUCCUGUUUGAUGUUUAAUACUGGACACAGUUUACAGACUCUGGAAGCUUUUCUAGUCAUGUUUGGUACAGAACCUGAAAGGAGGCCAAGUCUCAUUCAUUCACUGAAAUUGGCGGGUUUUUAAAAAUAUUUGUUCAGGCGGAACUUUUCAUUUUUGAAGUUCCUAGUGUCUGUUUAAUAUCUGAGGUGUUUUAACUUGUGUUUUUUUAAAAUUGGCUUCUGAUGAGGUGGUCGUGCCUUGAGUUUUUACUGGGCCUUGACACUAUGUGUUAAAGAGCUGGUUGUAAUAAAGAUCAAACAGUCCCAGUUGGUGAUAUUUUAUUUUAUUUCUUUGGUUGAAAUUCUUGAAAUGAGGAGUUUGCUAUCAAUUUAUUUUGAGGAUGUUUUUUUUUACACAUUUCUCACUUUUUCCUUUUAAUUUUCAUGGUUACAAUGAUCACAACACAACUUUCCUGGACAGUAAUUGAAGUAAAUAAUUGAUUUUCAAAACCCAAAUAUUGUGUUUUUUGGUGUUGGGGGCAGGGGUAAUAAACAUUCUCUCGCUGAUAGCUAUUGCCGUUUAUAUCAUCAAUUUUACAGUCCAACUGUUCAAAAACUGAUGUUGUGAGAAUGAGAUUUUACAUUUUGAUAUUAAACAUUACUAAUGUACUUCUGAUAUUUUUCUUAAGGAAAGAAUUCAGGGAAAUGAGCUCAAGGCAGGUAUGUGGAGACAGGCCAUCCCUGGGCCAUGAUCUUACUAAAUGAUGGGAACAAGCUCAAGGGGCUGACUCGUCUAUUCCCAUUUCUCUGAUACUGUGUUCCAAUGUACUGGUUCAAAAUGACAUGGUCUCAAGGAAAUAUUUGCUCAGUCCCUUUUACACAGGUGAUUACUAAAAGCAAAUGAUUUCCUUCAGGUAUCUGGGCUAGGGGAAAGGAAUGGAGAUGGUGGGUGACGUACAGGGUGCUGGGUGUGAGCGAUCAAUUUGCCAUUCUACUUUUUAAAUCGCCUGUUGCCUGAGAAAUCCCACCAAGCAGCUCCCUGAAGGUGUCCUCCCCAGCCCAGGCCUGGAAAAAGCUGGGACCAGACUUUGUGAAAUUUUUACUGAUUCUUUUUUUAAAAAAAAUCAG